AUGCUUCUCCGCCCGGCCACGCCGCUGUCCAUUCUCUUCUUUGCUGCUUUCGCAUUGUUGCUUCUGAGCACCAUCUCCACCCCCAUCCUCCAGGCCAUCCCGCUCGCUGAAUACAAUGGCAUCACCUAUGGUGUCUUCGGCUACUGCACCACCAAGGGCUGCAGUGACAUAGGCAUUGGCUACACCACUGCCGAAGAUGAUGGCUUGUUCGACAGUUCAUCCGACUUCGAUCUUCCCUCCGGCGCGCGCCACACUCUAUCGGCCAUUCUGAUUGUGCACCCCGUUGCCGCCUUCCUGGCGCUCGUAUGCUUUGCUCUGGCCUUCGCCGCGCACUUCCAUGCGCCCUCACAUUCGCCUCGGUAUCUAAUGAUUCUUCUGGUCCUCAUCUUCCCAACAUUGUUGGUAUCACUGCUGGCUUUCCUCGUGGAUAUCCUGCUAUUCGUUCCGCACGUGGCAUGGGGAGGAUGGAUCGUUCUGGCUGCAACUGUAGUCAUUGCCGUGAGCGGUGUUGUGACAUGCGCAAUGAGGCGUACGCUCGUGAGCAGGAAAGCUAGGAAGAAAAGGAUUGCCGAGAACGCCGAGAUGAAUGGACAGAACUACUAUGCCAACCGUGGUCCCCCGCCGGCCAUGGAAGACCCUUCUUUACCUCGCGCCGAUUCGCCGCCGCCACUGCCAGCAGGCUCGCCCGUUUCAGCGGACGGAAAGGGGCCUGAUUUUGCUACAUUCGGUUCACAGAAACAGAGUAUGGAUGACCGGGUGCCCUUGACUCAAUCUCCUUCUAUCCCAAGCUCGACUACGGAUGGCCCGAACGAGGGUCCAGGAAGGUACUAUGGAGAGAGACCACCCGUGCCGCCAGGUGGAAUGGGCCGCGGACGCCCUCCACAAAGAGAUCAGUAUGGAAACCCGCUACCGCCCACUGGCCCCAACGGCCAGCCUUUGAGACAUCAGACAUCUAACGGAACCAUGGGAUCUGACAGGUCUGGAGGUCCGCCGCCCUUCUACGGUGCACCCGCUAGAGGAAGAGGUGGAUUCCCGCCUCGCGGACGUGGAGGAUUUGGCCCGAGAGGCCGUGGCGGCCCGCCUGCCAUGCGUGGUCGUGGUGGUCCUCCGCCUGGCUAUGGACCUGGUAGAGGUAUGGGCUCUGCCGGUCCCGGCCCGAUGGGUAUGGGUAUGGGUGUGGCUGGUGGACCGAUGGGGCCUAAUCAUGGGCCUCCUCCUCCCGGUUACGACAAUGGAUUCUACGGAGGUCCAAUGUCACAGGGACGCGGUCCGCCCCAGGGUCCGUACGAUGACCCCAGAGACUACAACAACCAGGACCCAAAUCUGGGGGUGCUGCCCGGACCGAACAACGGUAUUGGUCAAGCUAUCGAAAUGGACCAUCGGACCGGUACUCCUCAGAACGGUAUGAACAACUACGGUCUCAGGGACAGUGACAACGAUUUGCAAGGCAUGAUCGGGCUUCAGCAGGGUCUGUCUCCUCACGGAGCUCCUCAACGCCAACCCAGUCCCCUGAGCCCGACAAGCGAAUACUCUCAGCCCUCCCAGCCUUCCGCGACCACUCAGACCGCCGACUACCAACAACCACGUCAAAACUGGGCCCCACAACCACCUCCCCUUCAGACCGGUCCUUCGAACGAGAGCGUGCCAUCGCAACGGGCGCGGGCUCUUUCUCCCAUCGCAGCAUCACCUUCCAGCUACAAGGAUCCGGUUGAUAUUCCCGCAGGGCUUGCCAAGUCACCGCCUCGUCGAGUGAUCAGCCCGCAGCCGAACGCCUCCGCUCCGCAACCUGGCCACAGUAGGAUGAACUCAGGUGGUGAUCAGUACAUCGAGGAUGUAGACCCACGUUUUGCCGAUCCCGAGCCGCCAGCAAGCAUGGACAAGACCGCCGCGAUUCCCGCUGCGCUUCUGCCCGGAUUCGGGACAAACAGGACUGGCACACCUCGUACGGAAAGUAGCUCGCCCAGCCAAGUAGCACCUCUUCCCGGCGAGCAAUUCGCACCAAGCCAGCUUCCGGAUGACUUUGGUCCUCAAAUGGUUCCUUACAACGAAUUCCCCGAAGAUUAUGAAGGUCCUCGUUCCCCUGGAGCUGCAUCCGACACCUCUCAUUUCACGUCGAUCUCGCAGCGUGGGAUCAACCCCAUGUGGCGCCCUGGUCCGGGUGAAAUGGGCAUGGGCAUGGGUCGUGGUGGUCCUGCAUAUGGCUACCAACCACAGCGCGGACCGCCUCGCCCACGCCAGGAAGACGUCGUUUUGGAGGCCAACCCUGACUUCAGCAUACCCGGCGUUGUGGCACCUGGUCGAGGCAGGAAUAUCGCCGGCAGAGGCCGAGGCGGCUUCCGGGGCGGUAGGAAUCCACCCGCAGCAACACCUCUUGGAUUAGGAAGCGCAAGCGCGGCUGGUGGCAGAUACCCCGGAGCGCCCGGAUCGUAA